AUGACUUUAAGUGAAUUAGAAGAAGAAGCUCGUAAACGUAAAGAACGUCUUGCACAAUGGAAACUUAAGAAACAAAAUCAAACAACUAAACGAAAAGAAUAUGAAGAGGAUGAAAAUGACAAUGAAACGGAAAUAAAUAAUAAAGAAAAAGAUCUACAAGAAACAACUGUUGAAUUUCCCAAACCAAUAUUUCGUAAUUAUAAGCCGAAUGAUUCAGCACAAUUAUCAGGUGCUAUUAUUUUACCUAAACCGAAGUUAAUUGAUAUUAAAUCAAUGAUUGAAGAUCAACUAAAAAAUAAAUCAAGUGGAAAUGAUAAUUCUGUUAGUGGAGUCAUAGAAGAUGUCGAUUUAUUAUCAUUAGCACCACGAAAACCUGAUUGGGAUUUAAAACGUGAUGUAGAAAAAAAAUUAAAACGUUUAGAAAAACGAACAACACGAGCCAUCGCAGAGUUAACCCGUGAACGUUUAUUAGCAGAACAAAAACAAUCUCAAACAUCUUUAGCUGAAGUUGUAGCAACAACUUCAAAAUUAAACGAAGCAGCACAAGAUGAUGAUGAGUAA